ACAUGAUUAGCUCCUGGGCCUUGGGUAUUGUAUAUAUUGUAAAUAUUAAUGAAGAGUCAUCAAUAAACGGAGUUUUAUUUGAACGUUAAGUGUAACCUCAAAUUUCAAAACUGAUGCGGAUAUGUCAUCUCUUCGAUGUCUUUUUAUUUGAGACCGCCUAAAGGCUUAACGAAUCUUCACAAACUCGAAGAGAGUGUCACUCAGCGGCUAGCCUGUUACGAAAACCUGGCAUGUGAGGAAAUCGUCGAGCUGAUAUACGAAUCCGAGUGCUUAAUAGAAGAUAGCAUUCUGGACAGGUCGGGUCACUACGUGUUUAGAUUGCUCGCGUCACAGAGCAGGGUUUUUUACGCUACAUUUAUAGAAAACGAAACGAAGUUGUUAAAAAUUCGCUUGCGUUGUUACGAAAAAGGCGACCUCAGGAGGCUCGUGAAAAAACUGAACGCCCAAACGGUCGACUGUUUGGAAACAGCGGCUGGCGAGGAAAGGAUCGGAACUUUCUUUAACUCACUGAAAAAUGUUUUGAGGAGAAUGCUGGGUAAAGGUUAUUUCGAUCACGCUUUCGGGCACGAUUUUGGGACUUGCGGCGGCUGUGGGUCUUAUCGAAUCGCAGUACCUUUUUUUAUAUGCCCGGAGCUAGUCGCUCGACGAGAGGUGGCGAUAAGCUCGGGCUUCCUCAAUAUCGAAUCUUUCGAUUGGUCAAAACUCUUGCUGUCUUUGUACAGGAAUUAUUUAAUGCUAGCUUUGGACGAAAUGAAACACUCUGCCGUUGUAUCCUACGCCCUCGACGACGACAGAAUACAAGAGGUCCUGGCUUUGAUUAAAAAUGUGUUCUUAAUCGACAACCCUCGAAGGCAUAUGGCCCGUUUUACCAAUGUAGAGGAGGAGUUCAGACUGUUUCCCCUGUGCAUGGAGAACUUGUACCGAGUGUUGCAAAAGAAGAACAGGUUAAGUCAUAAUGCCAGGUUCAACUUUAGCUUGUUCCUGAAAGAUAUUGGUAUGAAGUUGGACGAUUCCAUGAAGUUCUGGGAGUCGGCCUAUUCGAAACGGCGCUCUGUGUGCUCAAGCUGCGCUCAUAGUUGGCAAGGCAACGAGGAAAGAUAUAUUUACGGGAUCAGGCACAUGUAUGGUUUAGAAGGCUCCAGAAGGAGUUACUCAGUCAAGUCGUGCCAGCAAAUUGAGGAGUUGACCCUCGGCGCCAACGAAGAAGGGGGCUGCCCUUUUAAGCACUUCGACGACGCUUGCUUAAGAAACGCCUUGCGGACUCGGCCGGGCGACGAGGAUACCGGGGUUAUCAUUUAUUCGCGGAAGACGAGUGCCAAAAAGGCAUGCAUGAUGCACUUGAAGUCGAAACUGAAUGAUUCUAGUAGACCGAAAAGAGACUCGUUCCAGUUUUAUAACCCGGCCGAGCACUACCUCUUACUAAAAAGACUCAUGAGCUGACGUGGACAAAUAAAACACGUUUUAUUCUAACGCUGUUUGCUUUAUUUGGUGUUUUUGGAAUAUUCAACAGAGAUCGAAACCACGUCGACGAAAUAAAAUUUACAACCUUACCCGUUUUUCAUUAGACACCGAACGUUUAAGGCGAUUCGCAGAUUCAACCCAAUAUUUCCGAAAAUUCACAAAGCUAUGCUUACGAGUAAAUUGCUUUUGAGCGUAAUUGGAACAACUGGAACGUGUUAAGAAUUAAUAGUUAACAUUUAGAUAAAAGGGUUUGCGAAAGUACGUUCCAUCGAGCAAAGGCAGAUCUAAAACAAUUGUCGAGUACUGAAAUUGUAGAUCCCCCGCAAAAUUGUGUACAAAAAUCCAAAUACUGUUUAAUCAUUUAGUAGUCAUAGAUACCAAACUUGUCAGUUGCCGCAACCACGGCGCUUUAUAUCUUGUCCCUUGUUGCCAAAUAAUCGCUUAUCAUAACUUAGAUCGCGCCCCAUCUGCUCGUACGGCGCAUGGUCUUUAAUUUUCAUUGAACCCAUCAAGUUUGUUUCCUUUUAAAAUCGAAUUUUGGAGCAAAGGUCUUUUUUUUUAGUGUUCAAGUAUGAAUAAUUCCCAAAACUUUAUGGCGCAUAAAGUGGGGUUAGGUUUCAAAAUCGCUCGUAUUUUUUGCGGAAAAAAAACUAGGAAGGGAACUUUAUUACAGCGUAUUUUGGAAAUGAUUUUCUUUUCUAUUUCCGAGAUAAGUCGAAUAAAUGUAGAAAUUCGGCAUCGCUGUGCGACCAGAUGUCAUUUGGCAAGCAGUUAAAAUUUACCCCUCCGUUAAAUGCGUACCGUGAGGGUUUGCCGUAAUUGGUUAGUUAGUUGAUGGGGAAAAUAAAAAUAAGCCAGAGGACAACUUGACGACGUAUGUCCUUGCGUACGUACUUUUUUAAGCAGUGGGUUUGUGACAUCGUAGCUUACUGGGUUACCGUCAUUGGUUAGUUAGUUGACAGGGAAGAUAAAAAUAAGGGAGAGUACAACUCGAUAACGCACGUCCAUGCGAGUGUUCUUUUUUUUUAUGUAGUGGGUCUCUAACAUCGAAUUGCCAUGGUUUUGUUGUCAUAGCGUGUUAUUGCGGUCGAUUGCUUUAAAUAUGCCUCCGAU